AUGAAGUGCCUCCUGCUUGCCCUGGGCUUGGCCCUCAUGUGUGGCAUCCAGGCCACCAACAUCCCCCAGACGAUGCAGGACCUGGACCUCCAGGAGGUGGCGGGGAAGUGGCACUCCGUGGCCAUGGCGGCCAGCGACAUCUCCCUCCUGGACUCCGAGAGUGCCCCUCUGAGAGUGUACAUCGAGAAGCUGAGGCCCACCCCCGAGGACAACCUGGAGAUCAUCCUGCGUGAAGGGGAGAACAAAGGGUGUGCUGAGAAGAAGAUCUUUGCAGAAAAGACUGAGAGCCCAGCGGAGUUCAAGAUCAACUACCUGGAUGAGGACACGGUCUUUGCGCUUGACACCGACUACAAGAACUACCUGUUCCUCUGCAUGAAGAACGCGGCCACACCCGGGCAGAGCCUGGUCUGCCAGUACCUGGCCAGGACCCAGAUGGUCGAUGAGGAGAUCAUGGAGAAAUUCCGCAGAGCCCUCCAGCCUCUGCCUGGGCGUGUCCAGAUUGUCCCGGACCUGACCCGGAUGGCAGAGCGGUGCCGCAUCUAGGCGAGCUCCAGCCCGUCCGCCUCCUGGGGGCCCGGGAGCCUCGGCCCCUCUGCAGAGACGCCGUCAGCCCCUCCUCCCUGUCAGAGGAAUCAGGAGGGACAGAGACCAAGGCGGCUGCUGGACGUCGCUCCUCCUGGGACGAGGCACCUCGGGUCCCAGCCUCCAUCUCCUGCUCUGAGCCAUGCCUCCUUCAGCAGUAAAGAAAUAAACC